CAUAUAGCAGUACAUAUAGCAGCAAAUUGAGACUUCGAGACUGCCGACAAUCGUUUAGGCAUUACCAGUUCCGACACAUAAGAAUCGCAAGCAACAACAAUGUUUAAGAAGUCCAAACCAAAGACGGAGCCACCACCAACUGCCCCAACUGUGGAUGAAAUGCUGGCGGAUAUGGAAACAUUUGAAGUGCAACUGCCUCCAGUAGAAAGCAGCUCGGAAAUUUCAGAUUUGGAACAUGAACUAUUGACGGAGCCGGAGAAUCUACCGCUUCAGUCGUGGUGGAAAGUGUUUGAUGCCUACGAUCAAAAGGUGGCGAAACUGACUGGCACAGUAGACACCUUGGAGUCCCAAAAAAAGCAAUUACAGUCCUGCUGCGAGGAGCUGGAGAAGAGUGCCCAAGCACUACGUGAAGGCAUUCAAAAGCAGCAGUCGUUGAUUAAGAAAGCUGUUAAUUAAUAUGUAAGGCGUGUUUAAGAUAGUGGAUAUGUAUAUUGUCUAAAUAGAUUUUAAAUUCCGCAAAAUGUAAAAUUCCUGUAAUAAAUAACGAAACUAUCGAUGGUAAACUAUCGAUACCUACCUGAAACAGUUUAAAUACGUACUUGGUUCGUUUCUCGGUGGGUGGUGGAUGGUGGCGACACAAAAAAAAGUUGUUUCUGGAGAACAAAACGAAUUAAAAUGCCAGUGCUCGAGUGGAUAUAAAAACUUCUCGCGUGGAAAUGUCACAGAUUGGUACGCGGAUUGCGGCCUGAGCAAUUUCCCUGCACUGCACCUCUUUCUCCUCUGGCACACUCUCUAUUGCAACAGAGCGAAACGGCGACGACGGCUGCAAUAAUGUGAUGCCUGGGGGUCAGACACAGAGGUUAAUCCAAGAAAACGCAAC